GUUGGUUAACGCACAGGUUUUAAACUCGAGCGAAAUAAUUUGAAGUUGGGUUGUUGGUGUCGAUGGAGUUGUCGGCUGAGUUCAUAAUUUAAAUUUUUCGCAAAAUGAGCUGGGCUGUAGAAGAGUGGAAAGAGGGGCUGCCCACAAAGGCUCUCCAGAAGAUACAGGAGAUUGAAACUCAGCUGGAUAAACUCAAAAAGGAACGUCAGCAACGACAAUUUCAGCUAGAAUCUCUGGAAGCUGCACUGUUGAAACAAAAGCAAAAGGUAGAGAAUGAGAAGACUGAAACGAGUGCUCUGAAGCGGGAGCACCAGGGCCUAAUAGAGUCAUGUGAAAACCUUGAGAAAACCAGGCAGAAGAUUUCACAUGAAUUGCAGGUGAAGGAAUCACAAGUUAAUUACCUGGAAGGGCAGCUUGCAUCAAGCAAGAAACGGAUGGACAAACUUGAGCAAGAGAACAAGCGAUACAAGUCCGAACUUGAGCGAAGCCAGCAGACUGUAACGUCAGCCGAUGCGCAGUCUAGAACACCACAAAGAAACCUCUCUGGAACUAUGACACCAAAUAAAAACGUUGCUGAUUCAAAACUGGAGGAACUACAGGAAAAAUAUAGUAAAGAAGUGGAAGAAAGAAGGCAAUUGGAAACGGAACUAAAAAUAAUUCAGACCAAGUUGAUCAACCAAACACAGCCUCAAAGCACCAUUAGCCAUCGGAACAUUGCACGGCAGCGAUCCUCUUCUGUGUUCCCAUGGCAACAAAAUCAGACUUCAAAGCAGCAAACCCCCCAUUCACUGGAGACCCCAUUGAAGAAGGGUGUUGCCAUGAAUCUUCAAUGGGAGCAGGAAGAAACUCCUUUGAAACACUGUCCCAAGUCGCUGCAAAAGGUCACAGGCUCUACAGGCUUGUUUAAUAACAGUAUGGACAAUUCCAAGCAAGACGAGCAACUGAAAUUACAAAAUCAAGAACUGCAAGCUAAUAUUUUGGAUCUGGAAUUUCGACUUCAAGCUCAGGAAAAAGAAAUCAAAAAUCACAUGAACAAGCUACAUGAAAUUCAAUUCCAGUUUGAUAAAGCUAAAACAGAUCUUUCAGAGAAAGAACGCAAACUGAAUAAGUGCAGAGAUGAAUUGACCAAGGUGACUGCACAGUGUGAACAAGCCAGUAGUAAGUGUGUGACGGUGGAACAAAAGCUAAAGCAGGUGACAGAUGAACUAAGCUGUCAUAGGCAAAAUGCUGAUAGUACACGACGCAACAUGGAGCAGAAGUUAAAAGACAAGGAAAGGGACUUCCAACAGGAGCUUUCUCAUCAGCAACACUCUCUUCAGAGCCUGGAUCAACAAUUUAGCCAAAUGAAAAGUAAACUGAACCAGGAGUUACAGCAAGCUAAAAAUGAUUAUAAUGUUCUGCAGUUGGAGAUUGAUAAAGUAUCAGUGCACAGACAGAAACUAGAAAGAGAACUGGAGGAAAUUAGGCAGCAAUUAUGUAAUUCUAACCAAAUGCUGAAGGAAAACCAGACGAAGGAAAAUGAUCUGAAAAAAAAGCUUGAAAAUAUUCAGGAGGAAAGAAACUGUCUUAGCAAGCAACUUCAUCAGAAUUCUACACAAGUUCACCAACUGGAAGAUGAAUUAAAGAAGACCAAACAGGAUUUCAACUGUACCUGGAAUUUUGGGGAAGAGAUGAAAAGUAAGAACACUGUUCAGGAAGCCGAGAUAAAAAAUCUACAACAAAAACUAGAUGAACAGAGCAAGUCAAUGUGUAUGAAUACAAAAGACCUUGAACAACAAAUUUCUCAUCUGAAAAUGGAACUUGACUCUGCUUUUAAGGAUAGGAAAGAGAAAGAAAGAAAUGUGGAACAGCUGAAUGUUCAGAUUGGUAUAAUGGAAAAUGAAAUUGAAGAACUGCAAAAAAAUAUGCAAUUAAGGGAAAAGGCAUUUCAAGAACUAAAGGAAGAAAGUAGUUCCCUGGCUCAGUGGAAGGUGCAAAAUAUGCAUGUUGUAAAUAAUUUACAAUGUGAAAAAGGGGUAAUGGAAAACAAAAUUAAAGAAUUGGAACAAAGUCUUAAAGUUUCUUUAAAUAAAAAUCAACAACAAGAGCAGAAUCUAGAGGUUUAUCGGUGCAAGAGUGAAAAGCAAUCUGAAAAACUUAAGUCUCUUGAAGAUGAAAAGGAGAAUUUGCAAAGCCAGACUGAUCAUCUUAAGAAUAUGCUCAAUAACAAAACAUCUGAGUUAGAAACACAAAAGCAGGCCUUUGAAGAAUUCAUGAAAAAAGCAAGGCAAGAGGAAGAAAAAUAUGGAAAGGAAGUAGAAAACCUGAACUUGAGCAUUUCUCAGCUAACAGCUCAGAUAGCUGAACUGGAGAAAAAAUUGCAACAAGAAACCGACAAAGUUGUGGAAUUAGAAGAGUCUCAACGUGUAUUCUGUGCUGAUUAUGAAAAUGUCAGUAAUUUGGCAAAGUCAAAAGAUUGCUUGAUUGAACUGAAGGAAACUGAGAUUUUGAAUUUGAAGGACCAAAUUUUGCAAACCACAAAUAAUCUUGAAGAGCAUCUUGCCAAAGUUGAAGCAGAGAAAAAUCAUUUAAUGCAAGAGUAUGAAAAAAGCUUACUUGACAAUUUUGAAGUUGAAAAUAUAAAGUCAACACUAAAAAGUUACCAACACAACAUCUCUACCUUCAAGGAACAGAUUACUUGUCAAGAAUCCUCUCUGAAGCUUGAACAACAACAACGGUCUGAGAUGGAGAGCAAGUAUGAAAUCCUAUUAAAACUGAAAGAAGAAUUGGAAGAACAAUGUGAGGAGACAGAAAAUAAAUAUGAGAACUUGCAAGCAGAAAUGGAGCAAGAAAUUCAUCAGCUGAAAACGCAACACGCUGAAGCGUUACAGUCUACCAUAGUUGAGAAAGAUAAAUCUAUUCAAAAUAUUGCACAAGAACUUGAGACCAAUAUGAAUAAUUUUAAAUGUUUGCAGAUAACCAACAAGGAGUUAGAAGCAAAGCUGGAAGCUUGUCUUCAGUUUGAGAAGUGCAUUCAGGAAAAAGAAGAGUUAAUUAGUUUAAAGGAAAAAGAACUCAUACGGCUUACUGAGGAAAAUGAAGAACUGAAAGACUCCAUCAAUACUGUGAUGCAGGAAAAUAUGGAAUUGAACAAAGUGAAUUCUAGUUUUACUGAUGUAGUGAAAAGGAAUGAAGCAGUGCUGCAAGAGCAGACCAAAAAAUAUGAAGAAGAAGCUGCUACUAAAGAGAACACACUCAAAGAGCUUAAAACUUUGUGUGAAGAACUAACUUCAAAACAAAGAUUGCUGCAAAACACUGUAGCAGACAAAGAAAAUGAUAAUAAACAAUUAUUGGAAAAGAUAAAUGAAAAGGACACUAGGGAAGAUGGAUUAAUGCAUCAGUAUGCAGUGUUAGAAGAAGAAUUAAAGAAUCUUCAAGAAAAAUGUGUUGCUUUGGAAGAAAGCAAAGACUUCUUGGAAAAGCAGUUAUGUGAGAGAUCACUGGAAUUAAUGAAGAAAAUUACAGAAGUAGAGGAGUUGGAAAGAAGCCAUGCUGAGGGUUCUACUGAAUAUAAUGCUAAAAUUAUAGACUAUGAGGAAAAGAUUAAAGCAAUGAUUGAAGAAAUAGAGUGCCUACAGGCACAGCUAGAGAAGAUGGAAGAAAUUGAUCAUUUAAAAAAGGAACUUUCUGAAUCUUAUGCAAGGCAAAAUAAAAUACUGGAAGAGCACAAUGAAUUACUUCAAGAAAAAGAACAAUUGACACAUCUGAUAAGAAAGCAAGCUGAAAAAGAAGCUGUUUUUGCAACAAAAUUAGAAAAUCUUGAAAAUGAUUUGAUUAUAGUGCAGUCCGAAAACAUAAAAAAGAAUAAGUUAAUUGCAGAGAAAAAUCAUAUUUCAGAUCAAUUGAAGGAUGCAGUAAUAACAAAAGAAACUGAACUUCAGAAACUUCAAGCUCAACUCCAACUUCUCCAGAUGGACCUUGAAGAUAAAGAGGCCUCUUUAGAAUCUUAUAUUUCUCAAAUAGAGCAAAUGCAAACUGAGAAUAGCAAUGUGGAGAGUAAGUUUCAGCAUUGUGAAGAGAAUAGGACUCUUCUGGAGAAAGAAUUAAGUGCACUGCAGACAGAGAUGGAAGCUAUGGAAUUGAAAUUUAGUGAAAGCAAGAACCAUGAAGAAUCAUUGCUGGGACAAAUAACUCUACAGAGGCAAACUAUUGAAGAGCUGAAGAGUGAAUUUGAAAAACAAAAGGAGGAUCUUGACCACCUUCAUUCCUUGAAAAUCCAGCUUACUAAAAGCCAGAAUGCAGAGAAGCAAUGUCAGAUAAAAGAAAAAGAAAUUAAAGAGCUUCAAGAGAAGCUGUUUCAGUCUGAAAUACAGAUAAGUGACUUAAUGAGUCGUAAUAGUGACAUUGAAUCUCAAAUGGAAUCUCGACAUCAUGAGUUAAAAGCACAAAUGCAAAUUACUUUGAGCAAUAUGGAGAAUACUCUGCAACAGAGUGAGGAACAAAGAACACUUUUACAGAAGGACUUGAAUAAAGUACAGUCUGAAUUAUCAGCUAUGCAAUCGCAUUUCAUUGAAGGCAAAAAUCGAGAAGAAUCUUUGAUGGAACAGAUAGCUAUGCAGAAGAAAACUAUUGAGGAUUUGAAGAGUGAAAUUGAAAGAAGUACAGAUCAGGAAGCACAUUACAACUCGAUGGUGUCUGAGUUACAGUCUCUUAUUGCAGCUCUGGAAACUGAAAAGGCUUCACUGUUGACUGAAGUAGAUUUAACACACAAAAUUAUUGAUAUAGGUGCUCAAGAAUACAAAGCUGAAAAAGAAGAAGAAACAGUUGCGCCCCAAGAAAUUAGGCAUCAAUACAGUACAGAACAGAAAGAGAUGGCUGACAAAGUUGUUGAGAAUGAAUCAUCAGGUGAAAAGAAAAGCCUUUUAAACACAAUUGAGAAAAGUAAUGAUUUUGUGGAAGAAUUAAAGACAGAAUUGUCCAUAUUACAAAGUAACUUGAUAGAAACCCAGUCUGCUUUAUCUGGAACAAAGACUGAAAAAGAAACACUGCAAUCUCAGUUGAGAGCACUUGAAUCAUCACUAGAAAGUGCACACAUUCAUAUGUCGGAGCAGAAAAAGCACUUGGAGCAGCUAGAGAAGGUGAUUCAGGAAAAAGGUGAUGAAGUAAUUUUACUCCAGCAGCAGCUAAAAGAGAAUUCGACCAACUUGACUGUAAAUGACCAGCCUACCAUUUCCAUUCAAGAUGCUCAACUGAAAAUGAAAAUAGUAGAACUGGAAACUUGUUCUGUGACUUCUGAGCAGCCCCUUACAUUGCUCAGAGAACAACUUCAGAAACAGCAAAAUUCUGCAGAUCAAGCCUGGGAAUUGCAUCAAAACUUAGCUGCAACAAGACAAGAACUUGAAUCUCUCAAACAACAGCAUUUAUUUGAAAUUGAGAAAUGGCAGCUGAAGUUAACCAGUCUAACAACUGAGAUGGAAAACAAGUUGGCAGCACAGAAACAGCAGACUGAAUUGUUGUCUGCAGAGUUAGAAGGUGCGAGGAUCCAGCUUCAAUCUCUGGACCUCAGUGCUCAAUCAUUGCUGUAUACCAGCUACCUUUCUGAAGAGAGUACUCCACAUAAGCAUACUGAUUCAAAGAAACAACAAAGAGAGAUGACCUUCGUCACCGAUCAAUUGGAAUUGGUUCAUAGUCUAAAUGUGACCCCUGACAGUAAUGUACAAAAGGAGCAGAAAUCUAGUUUGCAAUCUGGCGCUAUAGGAGAAAAGCCUGUAUGCUGCACCAUACAUUUUGAUAAUGCUGAGAACAUAAGCAAGGACGUUGACGAUGAGUUGAAUGAAAGUAACACAAAACGAGAGCACAUAGUUGAACAGAUACAUUUAGCUAAUGAGGAAGUUAGUGUUCCAGUGGAUUGCCAAUCUACCCAUGAAAUCUCUAUUGGCUCUCAGUUACAGUCUGGACAAAUUCUGCAUCUUCUUCCAGAUGAGGAAAAUAAGAAAAUAUCUGAAGUACUACUCAGUGAAAUGGAGAAUUUGCGAUCCAAGCUAGAAACCCAUCAAAAUGAACUGUUUUUCAAAGCUGCUGCAUACACUGAGUUGGAAAAGAAAAUGCUGUUGUUUGAAGAGGAGAAGCACUGUCUACAUAAUGAGUUGAAGUCCUCAGCUCUUGAAAAUCAAAAUCUUUCUGACAAAGUAAAAAACCUGGAGGAAGAACUCUUUAAUAUUUCACUACAGCUGAAUAUGGACAAAAUUAAAUUGUCUGAUGUGACCAAGAUGUUAGAAAGCUUAGAGGUAGAUAAAAAAGACAAGAGUGAACAAUUAUUUGAACUGGAAAAUGAACUGAAACGAGCUAAAUCAGAUAAAGCUAACUUAGAAAAACAUAUCCUUGAAAUGGAAGUUGGCCUGGAUGAAUUGCAGAUCAGAAAGCAGUCUUUGGAAAAAGAACUUGAAUCAAGUCAAAGGACCAUUUCUGUUCAGGCAGAAAAGCUGACUGAGCUUGAAACAGAAAAUAAUGGGGUUAUUCAGGAGCUUAGCACUUUAGCUGAGACAAAUAAUGAAUUGGAGCAAACCGCUAAAAAGCUAGAGGCAAAAGUUCAAGAGCUUGAAGCGGAAAAAAUCUAUAAUUCUAAUACCAUCAGGGGGCUUGAAGCUGAAGUAAAGAAACUAACCAGUCAGCUACAAGCUGUUGCUGAACGAAUGGAGAAAGUUUCAAAGGAAAAGAGAGACAUGAUCCAGGAAGUCCAAUAUUUGGAGAAGAAUGCUAUGUUGGACACAGAAGGAAGGGGGGAAUUACAGCAGCAACUGAAUCAGUUGAAGAAGGAAAACUUAUCCAUGCUAGAGCAGACUGAAAUCAUGCAAAACAAGAUUAAUAUUGUAGAAUGUGAAAAGUUAAAUCUACUGCAAUCCUUGGAGUCCUCUCAGUUGGAAAAAGGUGAAUUUGCAGGAAGGUUGAACUCCACCAAGGCAGAAGUAGCUGAAAUGCGGCCUGCCAUUGAGAAACUUAAGGUGCGCAUUGAAGCAGAUCAGAAUAAAAGUCGACAUAUGGCUGAAAAACUCAAAAUCAGUGAACGAAAAGCAGACUCCCUUCAAGACAAGAUUGAGGCUCUUGAGCGGGAGCUGCAGACCUCUGAAGAAAAUAUGGAGCAAAUAAUAUUGCAAGCUGAAACUGCAAAGGAGCAGGUUGAGAUACUAAAGGAAGAGAAGGAAGUAAUUACUGAGAAACUGAAUCUAUUGACUAUGGACCUUAAUUCUCUCUUCUCUGAGAAACAAGCUUUAGAGAAACAACUGCAACAAAGUCAGGAAAAGUUAGAAACUCAUUGCUCAAAUUUGUCAGGAAAAUGCGAAACAGUUGAAAAUGAAAAACUCAAAAUGACUGAAGCUUAUGAAAGUUCUGUUAAUGAGCUACAGUCUCAAAUUAGCCAUUUAAAUGAACAAGUAAACAAGUGUCACAAAGAGUUGGAAAAACUGAGAGAAAAUGAGAAAAAUUACCUCAAUCAAAAUUCACAUUUAGAAUGUGAAAAGAUCCGGUUAUCCAACCAAAGGCAGGAAACUGAUAAGUUCAAUGUGGAGCUACAGUCUGUAAAUACAAUACUCAGUAAAGAUCUGCAAGUAAUUCAACAGCAGGUGAAUAAGCACAUAGAAGAGAAAGAUAAACUUCAGCAACAGAUUGCAGAUCUGGAGCAGUUGAAGCAAAAAGAUUCUGUGGAUUUGUGUAACUUGCAUAUUGAAGUGGAGAAUUUAAGGAGAGAAAGGAAGGACUUGCAGACGACAGCAGCUGAAUCUCAGCAAGCAGCACAAGAUCUCUCAGCUAGGUAUAGGAUCAUGCAAGAGACUAAGGAAAAUUCUGAGAAGGAACUACGAAAUGAACUACAAGUUUCUCAGUUACAAGCUUCUGCACUUCUUAGUCAGGUCGAUGAUCUUACAGAGAAUAAUCGUAAACUGCAGGAUGAUUUAUCCAUAGCCAAUGAAAACAUGCUGAAAAUGCAGCAGGAAUUUGAUGCAGAGAAGAAGUUCAUUUCAUCCGAAUGUGAAGAGUUCAGAAAUCAGACAGAAAGCUUUAAGUUGCAACUAGAAAUGUCUCGAUCAGAAAAAUACAAGUUAGAAGAGGAUGUUGGGCACUUACGGAAUGAACUGCAAAUCACUGAUGUACUGAAGAAGGAAGUAGAUGAACAUAAACAAAGACUAAGGUGCAUCCAAGAAGAGCACCAAACUGUGCUUAAAGAUUUACAGGAUCAGCAUGAAGUUCAAAUACAGUCAUACCAAGAGAAAAUGGCCGUGAUGGAACAACAGCUUACUGUGCAAGACAUGGAAAUUGACAACCUAAAGGCUGCAAAAGAAGAAGUAAAUGUUGCCUUAAAAGAUGCUAUCAACAAGGUAAAUGACCUGACAGAGCAUAACCAUAAACUGCAGGACGAUUUAACCAUAGCUAAUGGAAAGAUUCUGAAAAGGCAGCAGGACUUUGAUGUGGAGAAGAAUUUGAGUUCAGCACAACUUGAAGAUUUCAAAAACCAGACAGAGAGCUUUAAGUUGCAGCUAGAAAUCUCUCAAUCAGAAAAAUACAAGUUAGAAAAGGAUGUUGGGUACUUGCGGAAUGAACUACAAAUCACUGAUGUACUGAAGAAGGAAGUAGAUGAACAUAAACAAAAAAUAAGGUGCAUCCAAGAAGAGCACCAAACUGUGCUUAAAGGUUUACAGGAUCAGCGUGAAGUUCAAGUACAUUCAUACCAAGAAAAGUUGGCCAGAAUGGAACAACAACUUACUGCACAAGGCGUGGAAAUGAAUGACCUAAAGGCUGCAAAAGAAGAAGUAAAUGUUGCCUUAAAAGAUGCUAUCAGCAAGGCAGAUGAAUUGCAAAAAUCUAUUGCAAAGCUAAAAGGAGACAAGGACUGUGCUCAGAAUAAACUGCUACUUUGGAUGAAAAACUGUAAGCAGCUUGAACAUGAAAAAGAGUCCCUGAAGAAACAUAUUCGGCAACAAGAGGCGCUACUCACAAAGCUACAGAAAAGCCAGAAACUGGUAGGUCCAGAUUCACAGAUAGAUGAACUAACCACUGAGAUGAACGAACUUAAAGAGGCACUGGAGGAAAAAACAAAAGAAGCUGAUGAAAAUAUGGAGAAAUAUUGGAACCUUAUCAAAAGUAGCCACAAACUAGAGGAGGAAAAUGAAAUGUUAAAGAGCAGGGUUAUUUUGUUGAACAAUAAGUUGCAACAGCUGAGUACUCGAGAUGAAAACGGUAUAGCAGAACGAGCUGCUGCAUCAAGAUCAGCUGUGCAGAAAAAGUGUGAAAAGAAGUCACCUGGUCAGCCAAACAGGCAGCAAAAACAUCUGAACUCUCCAGAUGUGAGCAGUAUUGCAGGACUGAACUUGGAUACUCCAUUGGAAUUGGCUGUGAACAAAAGUCACAAAAAAUGCCCAGAUAGUCAGUCUAACCUUACCACAAAGAGAGUUAGAAGAGCUGAAUCCAAGGAAGAGCGAGAUGAAUUAGAAUCAGAAGCUCUGCCGAAUUCUGCAAAGAGAACAAGAAGUGACGAGGAGCAUGAGGUCCUUUUAAGGUCAGCUGCACGAGAUGAAACUUCAUAUGAACCAGAGGAUCUUCCACACAUAGUUAAAAAGGGUUUUGCGGACAUUCCUGCUGUAUCACAUAGUCCCUACGUCUUGCGCAGGACAACCGUACUCAACAGAGCUAGUUCUGAGCUUGCGGUUCAGAGCAGGAUAUCUCCUCAUAGGCAGAUGCAACAUAAGGGAGCUGCACAAACUUGUAACAAAGCAGAGACGACAGCAGAAGGCAGCCAUACACAACAGUACCCAACUGAAUCUACGUGUUCAUCUCCAGCGUUAUUUCUGGGUUCGAUACCAGCUACAGCAGAGCCACCUCUUUCAUCUUUAACAAAUACUCCAAAGAAAAUGGGCUUUAAUACUUGCGGUGGGAAGCAAACACAAAAAAAUAGGUGCCCAUUGAAUACAAAGAAAUCUGUUGAACAAAAUAAACAACAAAAGGAACAGAUUAAUGAAGAAAAUGAAAACUGCAAAGUACAGUGAAACAACGUAGUAGAAAUUGGACAGUACUGCAAGUGCACUCUGUACUAUAAAACCUCUGACGUGGUACUAUAAAUUUUUUGGAGGUACAAAAUAGAAAAUACCAAGUGACUAAAGUACAGUGAUUUAGGGAGACUAGAUUACUCUAAACUUACAACUGUAACUUGCAUUUAAAUAGCAACUUUAAUGUGGUAAAAUAUCCUCAGUAAGAGACGCAACUUAGUAAUAUUAUUACAAAAUGGUUAAGGGUGAAAAGAUCAUCUUCACUGUUUGCAGGAAACUGAUACUUUUAUACAUUUUCUUUCAUAAAUUAUUCUACUAACCCCACUAUUCAAUUUUCUGUAAACUAUAAGCAACAGCCUUAUUGUCUUUAAAUCACUUUUUUGAGAUAUGGGGUUUAUUUUGUCUUACGAUCACCCCAAAAAAGGUAUUAAUUUUGAAUAAUUCAGACAAAUGUUUAAAUGCUCUGUGAUUUUGUAACAAUUCAACUUUCUGAAUAAAGCUUAAUUUUGUCUUCUAAAGUUGCAAAGCUUAAAAUCUGUAUAUGUAGGGUUCAUAACCAAUAACUACCUUCAUUCAGUACAUGAGAACAUAUAUUAAUUGACUACAUUUAAAACUGGCUUUAUUUGUGGGAAACAAACAAACUUCCUUUUGAUCUUUUUAAUUUUAUAUUUUACUCAUACCAUAGACUAUGGAUGUAAUACCUAUGUGCUUGUUUUAUCUUUUUCUAGUAUUUUGUAUACAACUUGUACAGAAAUAAAUUAACACUAACUUUCA